UAAAUACAUGCUCUCAUUUGUUGUUUCAGAGGCUGAAUAGAGCUGGCAGACUGCCUGAUAUUCAACCCAGCCUUCCUGCCAAUCUGCAUCCGAGGCUCGGAAGGGAUUAAUCACUGCAAAAAGCUUCCCCCCUCCUCCUCCUCCUCUGUGGAUCAAUUACAUAACCGUGUUAUAGCUCAGACCUGCAAUGAAAAUGCCACAUUCUCAGUAAACUAUAAACAGUGACAUUGGUGAGGAAGUUGUGUCCACACAGAAAGAAGGAGUGGAUCCUCAUCCUGCCCCGCUGACAUUGAGCUGGAAUCAGUUUUUCUUCCUCCUCCUCUUCCUUCUGUUUCUGCAGGAUAAUAAAAAGUCAAGGCUGCGAAAGACGCGCCCACUUUCUGGUUGCGCACUUGGGAAAAAGUCGUCUUCAGUCCAGUCUCGACAGAGCAUCCAGAGAGGUUUCAUGGGAAGGACACGGCUAGUCUUUUCCUAAGUACACAGUGUGUGCAAACAACCGUCCAGAGAUGGUUCUUCAGCGGAUUUUUCGUGCUGUCAUUAUGGGACCUCCGGGGUCGGGGAAGGGAACAGUGUCCGCACGCAUUACCAAAACUUUUGGAUUGAAACACAUUUCUAGUGGGGACAUUUUGAGAGCCAACAUCAAUGCCCAGACCGAACUCGGUCUGUUGAUGAAGUCCUGCAUUGAUCAGGGUCAGCUGGUACCCGAUGACGUCAUGUCUCGUCUCAUCCUGAGUGACCUGAGAGCGAUGGACCACAGCAGCUGGCUGAUUGAUGGUUACCCUCGCACAGUAUCCCAGGCAGAAGCUCUGGAUGACGGCUACAGUGUGGACACAGUCAUCAACCUCAAUGUACCUUUCCAGACCAUCAAACAGAGGCUCACUUCACGCUGGACUCACCUUCCCAGCGGCAGAGUGUACAACGUAGAUUUCAACCCGCCUAAAGUCCCUGGUUCCGAUGAUGUGACGGGGGAGCCUCUGGUCCAAAGGGACGAUGACACACCAGAGACAGUCACACGGAGGCUGAAGGCCUAUCAGAACCAGACAGAGCCCGUCUUAGAGUACUACAGGAGUAAAGGUGUACUAGAGAUCUUCUCUGGGACAGAAACCAACAAGAUCUGGCCGCACGUCGAGGUUUUCCUCCACAGAAAACUCUCCUCCGUCAAACAGAAAGUUGCAUAGAAAGCCUGAACAGACAGCGGCAAGAAGGGUUACAGUUUACUGGAAGAAACCACUCUGUACAACAAGGUGCCCAUUUCUGUGAAACAAGAGGAGCCGUCUGUGUAAUAAUAUAUUCUGAAUGUGCAUAAGGAGGACCGAGCGCAUGCGGGUUAUGUCAGGAAGUGAUAGUAAGACAGCAGAUAUUAUUGGAGAAAAGGCCACCAUUGCAUUGUUGCUGAAAUAAGUUUGGGAAACUCUCAGGAGGUGUGCAUACAGUCUUUAAAAUAUUGAUCGUUAACAUUUAAAGAUAGUAUCUCUAUUAAACAAUGUGCCUUAAAGCCAGGAGACUUGACUGAAUCAAAUACCAAGGUUUUUAACAGUAGAAUAUCAAGGUGUAUUUCACAAUUUCACAAUCAUUUUUAGGUUUUGUAAUCGCAAUCAUGAUUUAUUUUCCUAGUUGAUGUCAGCAACAAUGAAAAGAAUGGGCCCAAGCAUAAGAUAUUAUGAGCUAAAUAAGAUAUUUUCCUGCCUUUGCCCCAAGAAAUCCUUUGAAAGCAAUACUGCAUGGGUUUUCUCCCCACGUGUGAUAAAUGUGGGCGUAACUUGGGACUGUUUCUUGUGCUGUGGAUUAUGACUAAAGGGAAUUGUGCCAUGUUAUUCAAAUUACUGUAAUUCCCUUUAGCACUAAAGGGCCUUUUGCUGCUUUUGAAAUGUAACAGGUAUCUCAGUGAAUGUAGUUUGUUGAUACUUUUAAUGAAUAAGGACCACAGAUUCAAUAAUGAAUAAACCACACUUAAUAUAUUGAAUAUUUUUUAUUUUUUAACCAAACUAUCUUUGCGAAACAGCUUCUUUUACCCACCUGAAGUCUUAAUUGCGUUGCCUCUGAAAUACACAAUGUUUCCAUUUCAACCAGGCGCUCCUUGUCAUGACAAAGUCUAUAAAUGUAUAAUGUUAUUUGCCAUUUAAUGUGACUUGGCAACUGAAAACUUGAUAGAAACAAAUGUAUUAACUUAAAACAUUUAAAGCACAGUUUGUACAGGGCUUCCGUAUUGUUAAAAGAUAUAACAGCAUUCAAAGUUUAUCUGCAGUUCUGUGUUUUUGCUCUCAAGUCUUAAGAAUGUUUCAUCAUGGUAAAGCCACAGAAAUGCUAACUUGCCUUUCAAAUGUACCGUAGAAUGUUUCCUCAAUUGUACUGUGUAUUUCAUAAACAUUUGAAUACAAUAUUUAAAAGCACAUCUACUCUUCAUAGACAACUGUGUCAUGAGUAUUUAUUAUAAGUCACAAUAAACUUCUGAUACUAGUAGCUGUAUGUAGUAUAUUAUUGUACACCACGAUAACACGACUGAGUAACGUCCAAGUCAUUGAUUUCAUUUGACUAAUGUUGACACAUCUGGCCCUAAAACAGACAGAUAAAAGAAGCCUACUCCACCGAUUCAGCAUUGUUUUCUAUAUGAAUGUCAGACUCCAAUGGGCAGUUUAAAAAAUAAAUCAUCAAAAUUGUUUUUUUUCUGUUGUUGUCUUACAUUACCAACAAUUCAAAUUGACAGCAGACAGUUGGUUGGAUAUUUAUGUGUGUUAUUGCUAGCUAGUGAAGGCUUGAGCCAUUAGUCCCAAGCAGAGAUAAGUGAGCUACAUAUCUCUGGUAAACUCACUUUUUUCUAACACCCAGAUUGUUUUCCAUUUUCAAACCUGUAGUAUCUAACUAUGGAAGCGGAUUAGGGGCCACACGUGAAAAAAAGUAUUUUAGUUUAGAAUUCUGGCUUUAAACUCAAAGUCAAAUACAGUUUUCCAUCUCUUGCGCCGACAAAUGUUUUUUAAUACAUUUAUCAGACAAAUAAACCUUUUUUCACAUGUGGAGUAGUACUACCCAGGGUCUUAAACAGAUGUUGAUUUGUGAAAUCGGUGGAGUUCACUUUUAAGGAUUUAUAGAUGACAACAUCACAGAAGAACCUGUUGUAUACGGUCAUUACUGCAGGUCUACAAAUAACUGGAGCAGUUGACAUCAAGACACAAACAUUUAGCAUUUGUUUUAUAUUUGAGCCAUUA